AUGGAAACCUCAUCAUCUCAACCUGGCCUGACGGCCCUCUCUUCCGCUCUGUCUUCGCCCUGGGAUUUCCUUCGACCUACGAGAGAUCUACAUGCGACCGUCACGAACUCUGCAAAGCACAUUUUGGAUCCCCUCGCUGCCUCGGUUGUGGAUGCGCAAUCCACUCGUCGCCAGAUAAAUAAAAAACGCAAGAGAUCAGAGCCCGAAUUGGAUUCAAAUUAUCCGCAAUUACAGCUGAAGAGCCUCUAUGUGAAUGGGUUUACCUCUAACCAAAUCUGGGAGCAGGCCACAAGGAUUCUCGAGUCCGCGGGGGAUGAACUCGAACGGGAUAUCACUUUAAUCGCAACCCCCGACGACCUUUCAUCGACAGCCGAAGGACAGGAGAUCUCGGAUCCUGAAGGCACGGGCUCUGAUAUUGAAAGUCUUGACAACCUGCCAGAAGAUAUCUCAGAGGGUGCAAGCGAGGACGGUGACACGGGUACCGAGGACAUAUCGGACACUGGGUCCAAUCAAUCGGACCAAGAAGAAGCCGGAAUUGCGAGUGAGAUCGACGAUGAAGAAUUGAGUGAAGGGGAAAACUCGAAUGCCUCUGCUGGGGAGCCUGAAACCUACACUGAGGAUCGAUUUGGACUGAACGAUGGUUUCUUCUCUAUCGAUGAUUUUAACCGCCAAUCCGAGUUACUCGAGAGACAAGACGCGAAAGGAGAGCCAGAAGAAGAGGACAGCAGUGAUGAGGAAGUCGACUGGCAUACAGAUCCACUCAUUGCUGGAAACGCACGGUCAACCGGUAAAAAUAACACAUCGAAGCAAUCACACAGACCGGAAGAGGACGAUGAUCCUAUGGAUGACAGUAGCGAGGAGGAAGGACCGACGUUUGGUAAUGCCAAUCUCCAAGGCGACUCCGACUCCGACUCCGACGAUGCCUCGAAUGAUGGGGAUGCGACUGCUUGGGUAAAUACCAGCGAUAUCAAAUAUGCGGAUUUCUUUGCCCCCCCGCCGCGCAAGGUCUCAUCCAAGAAGGCACGAGCACUCCCGAAGACCCAACCAGAUGAAAAACCCACGGAUGAUGAUGUUGACCGCGCCAUGGCUGAUGUUCGGCGCGACCUGUUUGACGAUGAGUCUUCUGUGGGAGAUGAAGACGAGGGUCUUGACGACUCUGCCGAGCCCCAUGCCCAACGAUCUACCCAUGAAAAGCAACGGGCACGAAUUGCGGAUGAGAUUCGACGCUUAGAAGCAGCCAACGUGGCAAAGAAGGAAUGGAUGUUCGCUGGUGAAGCUAGGGCUGUGGAGAGACCCGUCAAUUCUCUCAUCGAGGAGGAUCUCGAUUUUGAGCGGAUUGGCAAACCUGUCCCCAUUGUUACGAAUGAGACCACCGAGGACAUCGAGGAAUUGGUCAAGCGUCGCAUUCUUGCCAAGGAGUUCGAUGAAGUGAUCCGUCGUCGACCAGGCGCCUCGGAUACACAGGCCACAAGGCGCAGUCGGUUUGAAUUGGAUGACAGCAAGCCACAGCAAAGCCUUGCCGAACUUUAUGAGACCGACCAUCUUCGUGCGAAUGAUCCCAAUUAUGUUGACACCAAGGAUCGUAAAUUGAUGCGAGAGCACGCCGAAAUCGCCAAUCUCUGGCAGGACAUCAGUUCCCAGUUGGAUACUCUAUCCAACUGGCACUACAAGCCCAAGGCUCCGCAAGCAAGCAUCAACGUUGUUACCGACACACCGACGAUCAUGAUGGAAGAGGCGCGUCCUACAGCAGGCAGUGCCGCCGGUGGAGCAGCAGCGCUCGCCCCACAGGAGGUCUACACCCCUGGUGAUGAUGGCCGAGUGGCUGGAGAAUUGGUGCUGAGGAGUGGUGCGGCUAUGUCCAAGGAGGAGAUGAGCCGCGAAGAGAAGGCCCGGCUGAGGCGGCAGAAUAAGAAGAACCAGAAGAAGGCCAAUGCCGAACCUACACGACAACUGCCCGGCAAGACAGCCGACAAACAGCAGAUUGUGUCGGACUUGAAGAAGGGUGGAGUGAAGGUGGUUGGCAAGGACGGUCAAAUGACGGAUGUCAAUGGGGGCAAGGUUGGAGCAGGCGCAAGAAGCACCGCCGAUACGCUGAAGUUGUGA